UGCAAAGGCCCUGGGGCCGGCCCAGCCAGGCUGCCAAGGGACCGGGAGCCGGCGGGAACCGGCACGAAUGACCGAGGAGGGAGGCGGUGGGGGCCGGCGCGCCGGCCGAUUGCCUUACAAGACAUGCUGCUGCUCAAGAAACAGACGGAAGACAUCAGCAGCGUCUAUGAGAUUCGGGAGAAGCUCGGCUCGGGCGCCUUCUCUGAGGUGGUGUUGGCCCAGGAGCGGGGCUCCUCACACCUCGUCGCCCUCAAGUGCAUCCCCAAGAAGGCCCUUCGAGGCAAGGAGGCCCUGGUGGAGAACGAAAUCGCCGUGCUCCGCAGGGUCAGCCACCCCAACAUUGUGGCUCUGGAGGACGUCCACGAGAGCCCUUCCCACCUCUACCUGGCCAUGGAGCUGGUGACGGGGGGCGAGCUGUUUGACCGCAUCAUGGAGCGUGGCUCCUACACAGAGAAGGACGCCAGCCACCUAGUGGGCCAGGUCCUGGGCGCCGUCUCCUACCUGCACAGCUUGGGCAUCGUGCACCGAGACCUCAAGCCGGAAAACCUCCUCUACGCUACACCCUUUGAGGACUCCAAGAUCAUGGUCUCCGACUUUGGCCUCUCCAAAAUCCAGACUGGCAAUGUGCUGGGCACCGCCUGUGGGACCCCAGGAUAUGUGGCCCCGGAGCUCUUGGAGCAGAAACCCUAUGGGAAGGCUGUGGAUGUGUGGGCCCUGGGUGUCAUCUCCUACAUCUUGCUGUGUGGGUACCCCCCUUUCUACGACGAGAGCGACCCUGAACUCUUCAGCCAGAUCCUGAGGGCCAGCUAUGAGUUUGACUCUCCCUUUUGGGAUGACAUCUCAGAAUCAGCCAAAGACUUCAUCCGGCACCUUCUGGAGCGAGACCCGCAGAAGAGGUUCACCUGCCAGCAGGCUUUACAGCAUCUUUGGAUCUCUGGGGACGCAGCCUUUGACAAGGACAUCCUGGGCUCAGUCAGUGAGCAGAUCCAGAAGAAUUUUGCCCGGACUCACUGGAAGCGAGCAUUCAACGCCACUUCCUUCCUGCGUCACAUCCGCAAGCUGGGGCAGAGCCCGGAGAGCGAGGAGGCCUCAGGGCGGAGGAUGGCCCGCCACAGCCACCCUGGCCUCGGGUCUGGCCAGCCCCCCAAGUGGUGA